AUGUUGAUUCUCAUUCUUGGUUUGAUAUGUGUUGUAAAUGGCUGUAAUAUUCGUCCAGAAACAAUCAAAUGCGACGAAGGAUGGACCUACAUUCAGAGAAAACUUGGUGGAUGGUGUGUGAAACUCAUGAAUGACUAUCUUGCAUGUACGAGCAGUACAGGUUACCAAGGACAGUGGUCAGGAAUUGAGAGCAUUGAUGAAUUGAACACAUAUAUAUCAAUGUUAAAAGAGAAGGGUGUUGAAAAAGCAUUCGUCGGUGCUGGAAGUAGAGAAGAUUGUCAGUGUGAUGAAGCUGUAUGUCCCAUAACGGAAACAUGUCAAAUACCAUCUGUUUGGGAGUGGACAUUAGAUACGUUUAUAGUUGGAACAGAAAUUCUGAACUUAGUGAAACCUAUGAGUGAAAACAAGUUUGGAAUGAAUGUAUAUCUUUCUACUGACAUCGGUUUGAAUGAUGACGUCCCUCAAACAGGGGGUCCAUUGAUAGAUUAUUUGUUCUGUGGAAAAAAAUCCAAGUGA